AUGAAGCAGGGCGAUUUGUUCAUCGGUUCAUCGGCAAUCAUUCUUUUCUGCGCCAUCUUGAAGACGACGCGAGCGCCUCUAUAGGUAGCUGGAGAGGCAACGUGGGAAAAUCAAGUCAACUGACGUAAGUCGAAGUGGUCAAAGUCCAAGCGGUCCAGUCUAAGUUCGAUCAAGUUGCUUUCGUGUAUUCACCACGCAUGGUGCCUAGUAAACUUGUCGCUGCACACAUAUGAUUACUAUUUACACAAGUCAGCUGAUAGAUGUCUGCUGCCAGCGAACGUGGCCGUGGUCGCGGCAGUGGCAGACAUAGGGUGGCAUACGCCUCUGAUCAGCAACGCUCUGCCGGGGAUGAUGCAGCAUCACUUCAGCACCAGCAAAUCGGGCCAGGACGGCGGAGGAGACGGGCGCACAGAGGCCGAGCUCAAAACCAACCUAGUAUUCCUUCUGCUUCCAAUGCCACAUUGCUCUUCAGCUAUCAACAUGCUCAGCAAGGAGAUGGCCCUGCACCGUCCAUCCUAGAUGCCACAGUUGAACAGACUCAAGUGCAAGGAUCGGCCUGCCGAAGCCGGGGCCCUCUUCAUCGAAAUCAAGAAGAGGAUAUUGAAGGAAAUGGAGGUUCAGGAGCAAGUAAGAGGGAUACCUCUGCAGGUGCAAUACCAAAAACCGUUCGCUCAUGGAGAUUGGAAGCAUCAACUUUGGGACAAGACACUUUGGAGCCCGGAAGACUGAACAACACUGAACGAACAACUCCCCUUCUGCCUACCUACGAGCAACUAAUUCUCCGUACUGCAGACUCUGAUGGCAUAGGUAUGCACAGCGGGCCAUUGAGAGCAUUUAAUGAACAUCUGAGGUCGUGCCUCACUGGAGCAACAGCAUCCAUCGGUUUCUUCUGCUUGAAAGAGCGGAGGCUCGUACCAGGUCGCGGCCUUGGCUGGGCACUAGAACCGCAGCCGCAGGUCUCCAGUGGGAGAGUAAUACUCUUAAAAGACACCGAAAAGAGGCAGAUCUAUUACGGGGAAGUGGUCAGGCACAACAAGGAAGUGCUCGCUGUUUUGUAUAAUUCUGAGCUUGCCAUGAACUGUGCCAGUAAGUUGGAGGGUGCAGAUGCUGGGAUGAGUGCUUCUUUUUUCUGGGCGUUAACCACAGCCCUUAGCGAGCAGCCCGUGAGAGCACACUUCGAUAUUUUGAGUGGGUAUACAGCUGCUGUUCCAGCAUCUUCAAUAUUUUCGCACCAAAUACCACUCCACUUUGAAAGCCUCGGACAUUCGGGAUGUUACUGGCCAGACGAUGUAAAUACACUGGACGAACGGCAGUAUGGUGCCCUUCGUUCUGCCAUUACGAAUGCCAUAACCACGGUGCAUGCACCGCCUGGAAGUGGAGCUACUCGUCUUGCAUCCUGCAUUGUGCGAAUGCUUUUGGACAACUUACCUGUCUGGUAUGGAAAAAAGCAGCCGGCAUUGAUUGUCACAGAAGACGUCUCUCCCUUCAGUGCUUGCGUCUCUGGCUUGCAAGUCUUCACGCUUGGUAAACAUCUCGUUGUGGUUCAGCAUCCUAACUCUGUAAGGGAAACCGCAACGGCUACUCCUGAUGUUGUUCAUGCGAAACGUAAAGUUGACGAAGCUCUCGCAAGAGUUGUCAACAUUGCGUCUGUCCUUAUGGCCUCAGAACUUCGCGUCCUGCAUCAGGAUGAAUUGAAGGACUUCACAAGAUCAUUUUCUGACAGGUUGGGGCAAGAGAGAAAUUAUGUACGGGAUUGGCUCUUCUAUGGGAUGAUCCCUGAAGAAGUCGAGCAUGUUGCUAAUGCUGAAGCGAUGAAUUACGAUGCAGAAUGUAAACGCUACCAGGACGUUCUGAAACAUGAUGAAAACUCCAACAAGAAGUUUGGGAAACGGAUGGUCCAAGGCAGAAUGAAGUUCCAGCGAGGGCACUUCCUGCAGAAUGUGUACAUGAAAAACAUUUACGUAUGGAAGAAGCUUCGCAACACUCAAAAUGAGUGUCUUCCUGAUUUGGCGCACGUCAAGAGUAUCUACUCCCUCGACGUUGUUGACAAGUGGAUUCUGUACAACUUGUGGGUAUCACGUUUCAGAAGUUCUAACCAUCGUCAACUGUGCAUGGCACAAGAGCAAGUCACCCGCGAAAGUCAAGUGUACAACAGGGUUUCAAAAGAAUCUACCACAACUCAAGUCGUUGGCAAGCCAGUUGUUGUGGUAAGCCCCCAUGCUGCUGUAGAGCACAGAUUUUUACUACAGGCACUCUGCCCACGGAUUCUGAUGGUACUUGGAGCCCAACGAGUUGGAGACUUUCUGCUCCCAGGUAUCAUGUUUCCUAGCAUCGAGCAAGCAGUGCUCAUUGGAAACAACUUUGAUGCAGCACAAGUGAAUGGCUCUUUGUGGCACCGGGUUCAUCAUGGCGGUAGUACUACAGGGCACUAUGAGCUGAACAUGCAGUAUGUAUUGCCACAGAACAUCUGCACAGUAUUAAGUGCAUGCACUGGUGAAAGGAUGGUAUCACGGAUUACUACAAAUUUGUCUUUAAGGGGUGUGAAGGAAUACAUAAGGAUCUUCAACAUAAAGCAAAGGGACACGGCCUUGUUAAUGCUCGUUCAGCUUGCAGCUCACUUUGUAAGUCAUGGAUAUGGAAACAGUAGUCUUGCCGUUCUAACCCUGGACUCCAGCAGAGACACUGUGCAUCAUGUGCAAUCAGUCCUGGAUGCUAGGGGUAUCGAUAUUAGGGCGGCUUCCAUCCGUUCAUGGUACCCACGUUGUGCCGUGAUAAUUCUUAUCUAUGCUAGUGCAAAGUCUAGUGGAAAAAUGUUUGCUGCUGCAAUAAGUCGUAGUCUGUGCGCCGUUUAUGCCUUCGGUGAUGUCCCUCCUGAGGACGAAGAGUUCCAGAACAUUGUGAACGCAUCAAGGCACAUCUCACUGGGUCCCCUGACCUUAGAAUGCAUCAGGCACCCAGGGAAGCCUGUCUUUAUAUCAAGCCCUCGAGACUUUACGACAAAGUCCAACGACAACGGCAGCUGCAGAGAACGAUGCGGCAAACCACUACGUUGUGGUCACACGUGUCCUAAUAAAUGCCACGUGGGAGCACACACUGAGCGGUGCAAAGAACAAGUUAGUGUGACCCUUUCUUGUGGACACUCAGGAAUGGUACGCUGCAGCGAUGCAGCAUUGUACGCUGCUGCUGACCCCUUGCGGCGUCUAAAUAGCAGCCUACACCUUCCUCCAUGUAAUGUAAUGGUUCGAGCGACUCUUCCAAACUGUGAACACCUUGCAGAGUUCCCUUGCUUUUCAAGGGACAGGGAUCGCUUGACUUACCAAUGCAUAGAGCGUGUGUCCACUCUAAGCUGUGGGCAUUCAGCUUCCAUCCUUUGUCACGAGCAGAAAAUAUUUUUGUGUCAGCAGCGUGUUACCAAGACACUCCCUUGUGGCCAUCGUGUUACCAGAACUUGUUGCAAUACAUCCAUGUGUACAUUGGAGGUAGAGAAAGAACUUCCCUGUGGCCACACCGUAUUGCUUGAGUGCUGGAUGGCAACUUCCAACUAUUGGAAAUCGAAGUCCUGUAACGUAAGAGUGCGCACUAAGCUUCCAGACUGUGAACACCACGUGGAAUUUCCUUGCUCGUCCGUAUCAACAGAUCGCCUGAAUUACCAGUGCAGAGAACUUGGCGCCACACUUGACUGUGGCCACAAGGCAGAGGUUGUUUGCUGCAUGAGAAAAAUGUUUCGCUGCCAAGAAAUAUUGGAGAAACGCAUGCCCUGUGGGCACUUAGUUCGUCGAGGGUGCUCUUGGAGAGAUUCGCCUUGCACGGAACGUGUUGAGAGGACACUUGCUUGCGGUCACUCAUUGUGGGUGGAUUGUAAUACAGACAUCAGAGGCGUCUUGCGCAGUGCAGUCGCAGAGAAUGGCACCUGCAGAGAGCGAUGUGGCAAACCACUACGUUGUGGUCACACGUGUCCUAAUAAAUGCCACGUGGGAGCACACACUGAGCGGUGCAAAGAACAAGUUAGUGUGACCCUUUCUUGUGGACACUCAGGAAUGGUACGCUGCAGCGAUGCAGCAUUGUACGCUGCUGCUGACCCCUUGCGGCGUCUAAAUAGCAGCCUACACCUUCCUCCAUGUAAUGUAAUGGUUCGAGCGACUCUUCCAAACUGUGAACACCUUGCAGAGUUCCCUUGCUUUUCAAGGGACAGGGAUCGCUUGACUUACCAAUGCAUAGAGCGUGUGUCCACUCUAAGCUGUGGGCAUUCAGCUUCCAUCCUUUGUCACGAGCAGAAAAUAUUUUUGUGUCAGCAGCGUGUUACCAAGACACUCCCUUGUGGCCAUCGUGUUACCAGAACUUGUUGCAAUACAUCCAUGUGUACAUUGGAGGUAGAGAAAGAACUUCCCUGUGGCCACACCGUAUUGCUUGAGUGCUGGAUGGCAACUUCCAACUAUUGGAAAUCGAAGUCCUGUAACGUAAGAGUGCGCACUAAGCUUCCAGACUGUGAACACCACGUGGAAUUUCCUUGCUCGUCCGUAUCAACAGAUCGCCUGAAUUACCAGUGCAGAGAACUUGGCGCCACACUUGACUGUGGCCACAAGGCAGAGGUUGUUUGCUGCAUGAGAAAAAUGUUUCGCUGCCAAGAAAUAUUGGAGAAACGCAUGCCCUGUGGGCACUUAGUUCGUCGAGGGUGCUCUUGGAGAGAUUCGCCUUGCACGGAACGUGUUGAGAGGACACUUGCUUGCGGUCACUCAUUGUGGGUGGAUUGUAAUACAGACAUCAGAGGCGUCUUGCGCAGUGCAGUCGCAGAGAAUGGCACCUGCAGAGAGCGAUGUGGCAAGACACUACGUUGUGGUCACACGUGUCCUAAUAGAUGCCACACGGGAGCACACAUUGAGCGGUGCAAAGAAGUUAGUGUCACCCUCUCUUGCGGACACUCAAGGAUGGUGUGCUGCAGCGAUGCAGCAUUGUACGCUGCUGCCAACCCCUUGCGGCGUCUAAAUAGCAGCCUACACCUUCCUCCAUGUAAUGUAAUGGUUCGAGCGACUCUUCCAAACUGUGAACACCUUGCAGAGUUCCCUUGCUUUUCAAGGGACAGGGAUCGCUUGACUUACCAAUGCAUAGAGUGUGUGUCCACUCUAAGCUGUGGGCAUUCAGCUUCCAUCCUUUGUCACGAGCAGAAAAUAUUUUUGUGUCAGCAGCGUGUUACCAAGACACUCCCUUGUGGCCAUCGUGUUACCAGAACUUGUUGCAAUACAUCCAUGUGUACAUUGGAGGUAGAGAAAGAACUUCCCUGUGGCCACACCGUAUUGCUUGAGUGCUGGAUGGCAACUUCCAACUAUUGGAAAUCGAAGUCCUGUAACGUAAGAGUGCGCACUAAGCUUCCAGACUGUGAACACCACGUGGAAUUUCCUUGCUCGUCCGUAUCAACAGAUCGCCUGAAUUACCAGUGCAGAGAACUUGGCGCCACACUUGACUGUGGCCACAAGGCAGAGGUUGUUUGCUGCAUGAGAAAAAUGUUUCGCUGCCAAGAAAUAUUGGAGAAACGCAUGCCCUGUGGGCACUUAGUUCGUCGAGGGUGCUCUUGGAGAGAUUCGCCUUGCACGGAACGUGUUGAGAGGACACUUGCUUGCGGUCACUCAUUGUGGGUGGAUUGUAAUACAGACAUCAGAGGCGUCUUGCGCAGUGCAGUCGCAGAGAAUGGCACCUGCAGAGAGCGAUGUGGCAAGACACUACGUUGUGGUCACACGUGUCCUAAUAGAUGCCACACGGGAGCACACAUUGAGCGGUGCAAAGAAGAAGUUAGUGUCACCCUCUCUUGCGGACACUCAAGGAUGGUGUGCUGCAGCGAUGCAGCAUUGUACGCUGCUGCCGACCCCUUGCGGCGUCUAAAGAGGAGCCUACGCCUUCCUCCAUGUAAUGUAAUGGUUCGAGCGACUCUUCCAAACUGUGAACACCAUGCAGAGUUCCCUUGCUUUUCAAGGGACAGGGAUCGCUUGACUUACCAAUGCAUAGAGCGUGUGUCCACUCUAAGCUGUGGGCAUUCAGCUUCCAUCCUUUGUCACGAGCAGAAAAGAUUUUUGUGUCAGCAGCGUGUUACCAAGACACUCCCUUGUGGCCAUCAUGUUACCAGAACUUGUUGCGAUACAUCCAUGUGUACAUUGGAGGUAGAGAAAGAACUUCCCUGUGGCCACACCGUAUUGCUUGAGUGCUGGAUGGCAACUUCCAACUAUUGGAAAUCAAAGUCCUGUAACGUAAGAGUGCGCACUAAGCUUCCAGACUGUGAACACCACGUGGAAUUUCCUUGCUCGUCCGUAUCAACAGAUCGCCUGAAUUACCAGUGCAGAGAACUUGGCGCCACACUUGACUGUGGCCACAAGGCAGAGGUUGUUUGCUGCAUGAGAAAAAUGUUUCGCUGCCAAGAAAUAUUGGAGAAACGCAUGCCCUGUGGGCACUUAGUUCGUCGAGGGUGCUCUUGGAGAGAUUCGCCUUGCACGGAACGUGUUGAGAGGACACUUGCUUGCGGUCACUCAUUGUGGGUGGAUUGUAGUACAGACUUCAGAGACACCCUGUGCAGUGUGGUUGUCGCGGAACGUCUAGAAUGUGGCCAUACUGCUUCUAGGAUGUGCUUGGACAGCAGCAGUUGCCAGAUGCAGUGUUCGAAUGUUGUUGCAAAGUGCGGACACCGGUGCACAUUGCCCUGUGCACACAAUCGGGUUCAUCCACUACACGAAUGCCAGAAAUGCAAGGACAAAUGUCUCAUAUCUUAAUUUGGCUGCACACCUAAGUUGGAGUGUUCACAUGGUGGUGGUCGUAGAAGCGGUACCCUCCUAGAAGCAGUACUCAGUUCUCGACGGGUUCUAGAUGGGUAGAAAGUGCACAACCUGUGUGCAGUGCCUUUCUUUUUACACAAUUGACUUGGAAUUGAUUUCAGCAUUUUAAUAUGUUUGUUUUUACGCUUGGUCAGAAUAAACUUUUGGAAUGAAUGAAGAAUGAAAAUUUGGAUGCAUAAACCUUCUGUGUCGCUGUUCUCACACUGCAAGCAUAUGUUGCAUUACACGAAGGCGGCACAGGCUAGCUGUUGAAGUACGACGAUGGAGGAAAACCUCAAGACACGGAACGGAGAAGAAGACUACGCAACACAAGCUGCACAUCAUGCCUGCUUUUCAGGCUGGAGCGUUGCGUGUGCUUAGAGCAGGAAAGGAGGCUUAUAAUGGUUAAAUGUGGUUAAAGCGACUCUGAUGAGAAAUCGGAAAUUUUUCUGUUAGCAUCUAUUUUGAAAGCAUAAUAUAUUGCUCCAAGCUGCACCCGAAAUAUUUCAGCUGUGCGUGGAAGCGCAGUUUGUCAAAGGACAGACUGAAAACCGGUUUCACCUUCUCUUCUCAA